GGCGGCCGUGGCGGUCGCUGCGGCGCUGCCCGGCGGGGGCGGCCCGGGACGGGGCCCAGGCCCGGUUCCUGGUCCUGGUCCUGCCGCGGAACCGGCCCCGCAGCCGGUCCCGGAACCGCCCGGCCCCGCCACAGCCGCGCUCUACGUGCACUGGCCCUACUGCCGCAAGCGCUGCUCCUACUGCAACUUCAACACGUACGUGGUGCCGGCGGUGGACGAGGCGGCCGUGCGUGCCUGCCUGGUGCGGGAGGCACAGACCCUGCUCCGCCUCAGCCAGGUGCACAGCAUCACCUCUGUGUUCUUCGGCGGGGGCACCCCCAGCCUGGCCAGCCCUGGCACCAUCGCGGCGGUGCUGGAGGCCGUGGCGGGGGCUGCCCAUCUGCCCGCCAGCGCCGAGGUCACGCUGGAGGCCAACCCCAGCUCCACGGACACAUCUCGCCUCACUGGCUUCAGGGCAGCUGGCGUCAACCGCCUCUCCAUCGGCGUCCAGUCGCUGGACGACACCGAGCUGCGGCUGCUGGGCCGGGAGCACACGGCGGCGGAGGCACAGAAGGCCGUGGAGGCAGCACGGGGGCUCUUCCCCGGCCACACCUCCAUCGACCUCAUGUUCGGGCUGCCGGGGCAGAGCCGGGACGCCUGGGCCCAGCGGCUGGAGGCGGCGCUGGAGCUCUGUGAUGACCACAUCUCCCUGUACCAGCUGACGCUGGAGCGGGGCACGGCGCUGGCGGCACAGGUCCGGGGGGGAAGCCUGCCCUUGCCCCCCCAGGACCUGCUGGCCGACAUGUACCAGACAGCCCGCGCUGUGCUGGUGGCCGCCGGCUUCCGCCACUACAAGGUCUCCAAUUUUGCACGCAAGGGCGCCCUCAGCAACCACAACCUCUCCUACUGGCGGGCUGACCAGUACAUCGGUGUGGGGCCAGCUUUCCGUGUCCCCACAGGCUGGAGGAACUGCUCACCUUGGGACUACGCACAGAUGAGGGCGUCACACAUGAGCGCUGGGGGCACUUCUCCCCCCAGCUCAGCCUGCAGACCGUGUUCGGGGUACCAGGGGAGGCUCGGGCGCUGCAGGAGCAGGGCUGGCUGCUCCUGGAUGGCAGGCAAGAAGGAAAAGACCUCUGGAAGGCCAAGUUCAACAAUUUCAGAAGAGCCUGAGCCUGAGCCCGAGCCCGAGCCCGAGCCUGGUUCAUAUGUUCUGCAAGGAGAGGAUAUCCAGGCACUUGCAAUUAAGGUGGAGGACCUGGAGAAACUUCAUGCUCCACGCCUUCCCCAUGAUGCUGGGAGAGUUCCAGUUAGGAAGAAUUACCUCGUUCGAAAAUACAAACCCAAGGAGGUGACACAUCUUGUAGCACGUCCUGCUUCCCCCAGGGCACCCAGGCAACCACUGGCUUUUCCUGGACCUAAAGAGUUUGCUGAUGGCUGCGAAGAGAUUCUCCCUCAUCACAUUUUGGGAAGUGUCCAGGAGUUUAAGAUGGAAGCCUGGGCUAGAAGAAGCGCUCGGACAGCAGAUGUUACUGAGGUUCCUCGUCCACAUGUUACUGCAGCAGCUUUAAAAGAGAAAUGUGGAGGAGAGAAGAAGAGAAAGGCUCCUCAGGCCCAACUAGCAGGGCACAAAGCUCUCCAGAACUGGAGCCAUCAUAUGGCAAUCAGGAAAAAGCAGGAGAAACACCUAGGAGAAAUACUUCAGAAGCCAGAGAAUGAAUUGAUGAUGAACAUCGCGGAGAAUUACAGGCAAGUCGUGGAAGAAAGUGACCUCAUUGACCGGAGUCUCCCCUACCUCCAUCCUGGAAAGGGAUUCCGAGUAGGAAGCGAGUUCUGGAGCCAACCCGACCGUAUUGGAGAUGAACUCACCGGCCUGAUGCUGACACUGACUCGGACAGAACGUGGGGACCGAGAGCCAAUCACUCACGUGGGCAAACCCCGCACUGUCCAGAAGGAAACGGCUCUGAAGCCCCCAACGAAGAUUCCUUGCCACCUAACCUGGGAUAAGAGUCUUUUCCUGAAACAUCGGCGGCAGGAGCUGAAAUCUAUCCUGGAGGAACUGGGUUUUUAUAAGCCGGAUCUGGAAGGACUGGAGGUGAUUGGUAAAGGGCAGCCGUUCACGUCUGUCUCAGCAGAGGCUUCUCCGUGUUCCACCCCUUCUGAAGAGAUUAACAGUGACUCCUGCAAUGUGGUUCCAGAAGAAGAAAAGCAUCUAUCUUUAGUUUUCUGUGGCCAGCCUGCUCGUUGGAUCAAGGGCAUGACUUCUUCUGGGAAUGAAAUUGGCGUUGCUGCCCGGCUCACCUUCGAGACUCUGGCUGGUGAGGAGGCUGAAAGCUUCCUGACAGUGAGCAACGAUGGCACAGCUGCCAUCUGGUACAGCUGGAUGAGGCUUCCCCAGCAGAUUCCCUCCAGAGAAACCAAGGGGAGGAGGAUGCCAUGUUUUUACUUUGAUACCAGACCAGGUGUAAUUUUGCCUGGAGAAACUCUGAGGUUUUCCUUUCUUUUCAAGUCAAGGAGAGCAGGCAUUUUCAGUGAGCCCUGGGAAUUUAGGACACAUCCUCUGUUAUUAGGAGGAGCUCUGCUGCAGGUGACCCUUUGGGGAAUUGCUGUGUAUGAGGAUAAAUUGGCUGACUUCAGAGAGAAACUGGAGAGUGACCUGGCUGCUCGAGAAGGUGCUGCUAUAGUCAAAGACAGUCUCAAUGAACUCCUUGACCAAGCUCGGACUCCAGAGCGCACCCCAUCUCCUGCAGAUGCCUAUGCCACCGAGGAAGAGUUGUUCCACAGGAAGAAUCCCGGGUUUUAUUAUCAGUAUCAAGUGGUGAAGCAGCUGCACAAACUGUGGAGACAGUACAUGACUGUGCCUUCAGCCUUUGAGGAGAAAGUGCCCUCAGACCAGAGGGGCACUGCAGAGGAGGACACAGAGUACCAGGAGAGCACUGUGGAGCCUCUCCCUGCUCAGAGCAGCACCACAGAGCUCCCAGCUGGGAAGAACUCACUAGAGGAGGCUCCGAGGCAAAAGAUGAGCAUUGAGGAGGAAGAAGCAGGCCCAUCAGGAUGGAACCUUUCCCUUGAGGACUUUAAACAGGCCAUAAUGUCAAUCCCCAGGGAGGAGCAGAGGGAAGAAGCACUGACCCAGCUCAAUAAGGCAGCUCUGGAGCUGUGUGUUGAACAGAGGCCAGCUCAGUCAGACCUUCUGUAUCCCCUCUGCCUCCAGCUGUGGCGGGGAGCAAUUGAUGAUAUGGUGAGUCACGCUCUGAGGCUGAGAUCCCUGUAUGGCUUGCUUGACAAAGACACCUAUGCAGAUGGUGUUCCAGAGGAAACAGAGGAAGUAAAGCAAGGAGGAGAAAAAAAAGGAGGAAAGGAAGACAAAAUAGCCACUAAGAAAGAAGAGAAAAAGGAUAAAGAAGGCAAAAAAAGUAGAGCAACAUCAGGGAAAGAGAAAGCGGAACAUCCAGGCAGCAGAAAGAUGAAAGUGAAAGAUGAGAAGCGGUCAUCUUCCAUUGCAUCAGUGAAGGUGAAAGAGGGAGCAGAGCCCCCAAAAGUAAAAGAUGAGAAGCGGGUAUCUGCCACUUCAUCACUGAAGGAGAAAGAGGGAGCUGUAACUGCAGAGGGAGUAGAACCUCCUCAGGAGCAGGUGGACUCUGUUUCAUUUGGAAUAUACCAGGAAAAACUCUAUAUUGAAGUUUACAAGCUGCUGGAUUCAAUGGUGAGUGAAAUGGUGUCUUUAUUUGAGGAUCUAAAGCUAUAACAUGCUCUGCAGUGGGAGAGCUGAAACCCUUUGCAUGUAGAAAUAGACUUGCUUUAAAAAAAAUAAAUAACUGUAUUUACACAGAUUGAGUGGAGAU